UCUUGUACGUGUAACCAAAAGAAUGACCUCUAUAUCUUGUAUGGUUUUGAUCUCACUCUUGGCUCGGUUCUCAUGGGCCAGUUGUCCUCACGGCUGCCUGUGCACCUCUGACAUCCUAAAUUGUGGCUCGCUGGGUCUGGACCGAUUUCCCUAUCCAAUAUCUUUCACAAUUUCUGUCCUGGAUCUCAGUCAUAACAGACUAACCUGGCUGGCAGCAGGCACCUUCUAUGGGCUCCAAAAGCUGCACACUUUGCAUAUGUCCCAUAACCACAUCUCCUUGCUCAGCCCGGGAGCUUUCCAUAACAUAAGCAGUCUACGGUAUCUGGACCUCUCCUCCAACAAAUUACAGGUAGUGGGGAAGUACAACUUUAAGGACCUGUUGGAGUUGGAGGUGUUGUUGCUUUACAACAACCUCCUUACCCGUGUGGAAAGCAACACCUUAAUGGGGCUCAGCAAUCUCAGAAAGGUUUAUCUCAGCCUCAACCAGAUCACCGACUUCCCUUUCUUCACUGUUCGCAAGCACAGCCAUCCCAACCUGGUGAUGCUAGACCUCUCCUCCAACCGCCUGUUUCGAUUACCUAUGGAUGACAUUGUUUUGUUACCUGUGGCAGUGCAAAGAGGCCUAUUCCUACACAACAACAGCCUGGAGUGCGAUUGCUCUGUAUAUCGCUUGUUCUGGCACUGGGAACAAAAGGGAUAUGCAAGCGUGAAAGACUACAAGGAGGACUAUACGUGUCUGAUGUACGGCGAGCCUCAAAUCUCAGUUCAUUUUCUGCGCACCUCUCAGUUAUUCGAGAAUUGUACAAUAGGGAAGAUGAUAUCCCUCAUCUCCCCAAAGACUGAUAAAGUUGUGUACGUGGGAGAACAAGUGAGACUGGACUGCACGGGAACUCUGAAUGGGGAAGAUCUGUCCUACAGUUGGAUAAUCCCCCAUCAAGAGAACAUCUCUCAGCUGAUUCAGAAUGGAACCCUAUGUCUGAAUCAAGAUGGUAGCUUGGAUAUUAUUGCAGCCCAGUCAACUGAUUCAGGGGUCUACCUGUGCACUGCUGUGGAUAACACCAGGAUGAUUAAUGAAUCACGAGAAGUGAAUCUUACUGUCUUAGUCCAGCGCUCCAUGGAAGAGCCAUUCAACACCGGCUACACCACCCUGUUGGGCUGUGUUGUGACACUUUUACUGAUACUCAUGUAUCUGUAUUUAACCCCAUGUCACUGUGGUUGCUGUAAACCCCCUCCUCCCUCUCCAGCCAUCUCCACCUUCGGGGAAGAUAGAUGCACUCUGGCCUCUAUUUUUGCAGCUCCGUCAACUGGAGAUCGACUGAGGGGCAAGUCUCAGUCUGACAGGCAUGUAGUGUUCCUUGAGCCACUAAUGGAGGGGGAAAAUGGCCAACUGAAAGAAGCAUUUGUUGUUGAACAUUCCAUAAUUCAAUGGGACAUGGAAAACGUGACAAUUUGCAAAGAUAGAUAUGACUCAGAGUAG